AUGGCGAAGAAUCCACAACCCAAACUGCUCAUCGUCCUCCUUCCCAUUCUUCUGCUCUCAGUAAUCCGGUCAUGCUCCGCCGCUGGUGGGGUGGCCAUUUACUGGGGCCAGAAUGGCAACGAAGGAACACUCUCGGAGACAUGUGCAACCGGAAAGUACACUUAUGUCAGCAUAGCUUUCCUCAACAAGUUUGGCAACGGCCAGACCCCUGAGCUCAACUUGGCAGGCCACUGCAACCCGGCUUCCAAAGGGUGUUAG